AUGGCGAAGAAGAAGAGAGUGAAAAGAGUGAAGAGAGUGAAUGCCAAUCUUCCUCAGGAACUGGUUGAGGAUAUCCUAUUGAGGUUGCCGGUAAAGACUCUAUUAUGUUGCAGGUGCGUCUGUAAAUCAUGGCUUUCUCUCAUCUCUGAUAACAAUUUCGCUACUUCACACUUUCAACUUGCCUCCACACAUAGGCGUGUCUUCAUAAGCCGUUAUGCUCUUAAAUCCCUACCCGUAGAUGGUGAUGCAUUGCUUCACGAUGAGUCUGCAUAUGCUUCAUCAAGCCUUGAUUUUGUUAGCUCCCCACGAUGUUCUGUUAGAAUUAUGGGUUUGUGUAGAGGGUUUCUGUUUUUGCACGGUAUAGACUUCUACCUUUGGAAUCCAUCCACCGGUGCCCACAAACAUAUACUCGCCUCUCCUAUAGCAAAUGUUAAUGAUAGUUACGAAUUGCUGUCUGGUUUUGCAUAUGACCAGUCCACUGAUGACUACUUGAUAGUUUCGUUGUUUCGCAAAUACGAUCGGGCAAUUAAAUUGAUGAUUUUCUCAUUGAGAGCUAAUAAAUGGAAACCAAUGGAGGUUGCUUCUCGUUUUCCUGAUAUAACUACUGCCGUAUGGGAUAGUGACCCUAAAUCCGGGUUGUCCUUGAAUGGAAAUGGCAAUGUUGGAGAUACCUCUGCCAAUGAUUUUAUUAGUAUUAGUAAUAAUUUACAUAUACGUUAUAAUUUGUUGGAAGUUGGAGGACUUAUCGGUGCAUGGAUGAAUGACCAGAAGACAGUGAAGAUAUAUGUGAUGCAAGAAUAUGGAGUGCACUCAUCUUGGACAAAGAUUAUUCAAUUUUCUGUUGAUCUUUUCUUACACAGUUCUUUAUACAUAUUAUGCUUAACAAAAUGUGGUGAUAUAGUUGGAAGAGAUUAUGAAGUCGAAUUGGUGAAGUUUAAUGACAAAGGAAAGAAAUUAGAGACUUUGGUUUCAGACAGAUACCUAUGGGUGUUGUAUACAGAGUCUUUGUUUUCCCUCCCCAGCUCCGGUCAAACAUAG